AUGUCGUCGUCAAAGCCCGUCAUCAGCGUCUUGGGAUCUCUCAACAUCGAUCUCGUCUCAUACGUUCCCCAUCACCCAUUACCGGGAGAGACGAUUACUUCCAACCAAUUCAAUGUCUUCCCAGGUGGAAAAGGUGCAAACCAAGCUGUUGCUUGUGCAAAACUCUCUCGAACUUCUGACUUCAAGGACUCAAGUGUUGACGUUGUCAUGAUUGGGGCCAUUGGAGCAGACGCCUAUGGAAGCACGCUCCUGGAUAGUCUUAAAUCAUAUGACGUGGGAACUGAUUCAAUAAUUGUGAAUCGAGAUGGCGGCGCUGGUUCACAAAGUGGUAUUGCGAUGAUCAUCGUCGAUGAGCCAACGGGUCAGAACCGCAUUAUCUUGUCCCCAGGAGCCAACAAUUCCCUCCAACCGAGCCAAUUUCAACAAAUACCCGGACCAGCACCUGCACUACUCAUCAUGCAGCUGGAAAUUCCACUGGACACAGUUAUCCAGGCUUUUCAAGCUGCAAAGGCAAUGGGAACACCGGUACUUCUCAACCCUGCACCUGCUCAGACUCUUCCUGUGGAGAUCUACCAAGGGCUGGCACAUCUCAUCUUGAACGAAACCGAAGCAGCUCUAUUAUCGGGCAAGGACGAAUCAGAGUUCGAAGACAUUGCUGUGGUUGGGCAAGCUGCAUCUGACUUCCUUGCUAAAGGUGUCCAAAACGUUGUCAUCACACUUGGUGGAAAGGGUGCAUACUUUGCCAACGACACUGGCGCCAAGGGACUCAUUCCCGCACAGAAAGUCAAAGUUGUUGACACGACUGCUGCCGGUGAUACAUUCAUUGGUUCAUACGCAGUAGAAGUGGCACUCGCAGGUCAACGAGCUGAAACAUUCGACAUUGAAAAGGCUGUUCAUUCAGGAAUUAGAGCUUCAUCACAUACGGUCGCGAGACGAGGAGCACAAGUAUCUAUUCCAUGGAAAGACGAGUUGGCGUGA